AGCUGUUUUAGACUUGAGGAAGUCAACGAUCUUUUUUUCUGAAGUUUAAGUGAAAACACAUCAAGAAAGGUAUUUCUUUUUGAAAACUAUUGGUCCUUCAGAUCCCCUAUUUUGCACUCUCUCAUUGGCUUUCUACGCUGUGUGGUAGAACUCCUGUCCACGUCUCCCUUUUCUCUUCGCACUUCUGCAUAUACGCACUCAGGCUACAUCGCCAAGUGGAAGAAGGGAAACUGGCUGCGAAGGAUUUGUGUUACAGGCUGCUUCUCUCCCAAAAGCAAUCUCUCCUGUUCUCAUUUCCUUUUGCGCGAUCUUCUAUUGUGGCCUAGUUUUUCCUUCCCUAAUCAACAUUAAUUGAUCGCUUUUUCUUGUUUCUCGUAAAUUGCUUUGCGACUCCUGCUCGAAGAUUAGGUCGCUCUUCUUGUCCAUCUUCGUGUCAAAAGCGUUUCCCCUGCUUGCCUGCCUACUCCUUCAGAUCGCGUUAGCACCAUCAUCAUGUCGACGGAGAUCUUAGACAUUGACGAGCAUUUGGCCACGCUCAACAGAUGCGAGAAUGUGAAGGAGGCCGAUGUGAAGCACCUUUGCGACAAGGCAAAGGAGAUCUUCACGAGUGAGGAGAACGUGCACAAGAUUCCCGCACCAUGCACGAUCGUCGGCGACAUUCACGGGCAGUUCUACGACCUUUUAGAGCUGUUCCGCGUCGGUGGCGAGAUUCCCGACACGAACUACGUAUUCAUGGGCGACUUUGUAGACCGGGGCUACCACAGUGUGGAGUCGUUUCUUAUGCUGCUCGUCCUUAAGAUCAAGUACUCGCGCCGGGUGGCGCUGGUACGCGGUAACCACGAAUCCCGCCAGAUUACCCAGGUGUACGGCUUCUACGACGAGUGCCUGCGAAAGUACGGCAGCGUGAAUGUGUGGCGCUACUGCACCGAGGUGUUCGAUCUGCUCCCGCUCGCGAGCGUGGUGGAAGGCAAAAUCUUUUGCGUGCACGCUGGUCUUUCGCCGUCCAUCCAGACCGUUGAUCAAAUGCGCUCGAUUCGACGCAACUGCGAGGUGCCACACGAGGGCGCGAUGUGCGACUUGCUGUGGUCCGAUCCGGAGGACAUCGACGGCUGGGGUCUGUCGCCGCGUGGCGCGGGUUACCUGUUUGGCGGCGACGUGGUGCGCCAAUUCAACGAGACGAACAAGUUAGACCUCAUCUGCCGCUCCCAUCAGCUGGUCAUGGAAGGGUACAAGGCCAUGUUCAAUGACACUCUCGUGACGGUUUGGUCUGCACCGAACUACUGCUACCGCUGCGGUAACGUUGCGUCAAUUCUUGAGCUGGACGAGCAUUUGAACAAGAACUUCAAGAUUUUCGAGGCAGCACCUGCGGAGGCACGCGAAAGUGGGCAGAGGAACGAAGUGCCUGAGUACUUUCUUUGA